GGCACGUGACUAACUGCGCAUGCGCGCCGCGCCUUUCGCUGUGUAAAAAGCUCGCCGGAGAGAGAGCGAGGUGACACCAUGCAGUGGCUCGCGAUUUUCCUGUUUUCCCUCGGCAUUAGCUGUAUUGAGAGUGAAACAGAAGCUUCUCAGCUGGACUAUACCCAGGACGAAUCAUUCAAGAGAUGGUGCGCCGAGUUCUGUGAGUCGGAAAGCGAGGAAUACCUCGCGCGCAUCUACCCGACCUGGAGGGAGAAUGCCGAGUUCGUAGAGAAGCGGAACCGACUGGGACUGCCUUAUUCCGUCUCUCUGAAUCGUUUUGCACAGCUGAGUCUGGAAGAGUUUUCUAAGAGUCAUCUCCGCCAGUGGAAACGCAACUCCUCGCCAGCGGAAUUUCGUCCCGUUCCCGAUCGCGGCGGUAGGGACCCUCCGCCGAAAUCUGUGGACUGGCGGACCAAGGGAGUGGUACCGCCGGUCAAAAACCAGGGACAGUGCGGCGGCCCCAUCCCUUUCCAGGUCGUGCACGCGGUAGACUCUCUCCACGCUAUCCAGACGGGUACACUGGAGCUCGGCAGUGUGGAGGAAUACGUUGACUGUUGCGAAGACGGCCCGUGCGACGGCGGUGUCUACGGCGUGGGGAGCUAUGACUGCAUCGUGAAGAUCGGCGGGUUGGCUCUGCAGAGCGUCUACGUCUCACCCGAUCACAAGUGUCUGAAUGACACGUUCAAGAGCGAACUAAAGAUCGAAGGAGGGAAAUCGGUAACUCCGUACAGAAACGAAACGGCGCUCGAAUAUGCAGUGGCAAUGCAGCCAGUGGUAGCCGCAAUCGACGCUAGCCACGAGUCAUUUCAGCUCUAUGAGGGGGGCGUCUAUUACGAGCCUGACUGUUCGUCUGUGGAGCUUGACCACGCCGUUCUAGUGGUGGGUUACGGAGCUACGGAGGACGGAGUGGAAUAUUGGAUCUGUCAGAACAGCUGGGUGAUCCAGUUGGGGAAUGCAAGGCUACAUCCUCAUGGCACGUAAUAGGAACAACAACUGUGGAAUCGCAACAGACGCUAGCUACCCUUACUGAACAAAAACGAUGUUCUCCCCUUCCUUGAAUAUUUUGGACAGUGUGAAAUUUUUGGUGUCAAUAUUUGUGUGAAAAAUAUAAAGAACGAGGAAAUUAUAACAACAGUCUGUGAUGAAGUAAAAAAUUUAUAAAAAUGGUGCAUUGCAUUCCACCGGGAAAGUCAAUCAGAGAAGCAUUGAUUUGUCGUGAGAUUUGUGUUCUAAUUAGAGAGCCCUCUCCCGGAACUCCUUGACACUGGCUGGACUCAGAGGGUCUUGGGGAGUCAUGGCAACCCCCGUUGCUGUGGUGACCACGUCCCUCCUCGUCUUCGCUGUCACUCUCGGCUCGCUCCACUCCCUUUAGAGCCAUCUGUGCAGUGAGUAAAUCAGGACAUCUUCAUGGAAAAACCUCAAUCAUUUAGGGCACAUCAAUUAUACAUAGAACUCUCGAUCAUUCACAACACAGUGUGAGAAUAUCACAUGUACAAGACGUAAGUCCCCCAUAUUAGUUAAAGGAAUGCUGU